AUGGAAAAUUACAGCCGUUUUGUCAAAUUGCAGCUUCUGCUCAUUGCAGUUAGUGGGUUUAUCCUCAUCACAAGUGUACAAACACAGCCAGCUGGAGUUCAAGAAACAAACCACAUUUCUUCAGAACCAUAUGGAGACGACAGAUACGUUACCUGCCAGACACGGUGUUUUGUGGAAGAAAAACACGCAGAUUGUUCUAACUGUAACCUCACACACGUACCUAAGUUAGAUACGAAGAUACAAUUUCUUGAUCUAUCGGAAAACUUUAUAGAAUAUCUUGGUGUGUCGUUGGCGAUAUAUUUCAAUUUAGAGCACCUUGACAUUAGCAAAAACCAACUAAAUGUAUUGGACAACUAUACCUUCUUUAAUCUGAGCAAACUAAUAUAUCUGAAUUUGGAACAUAACAACCUGUCUAUGGAUUUAAAAUUCCCGCGUUUUGUGUUUUCCCCUCUUUUUUCCUUAAGGACUCUAAAGAUCAACCACAACACUAGGGAUCCGACUCUUCCAAGGCUAGAGUAUCCCGAUUUCGCAUUGUCUUUUCUGCACAAUUUAACUGAGCUUUAUAUAGACGGUCUUCUUGACAAAAUACUAGGCCCUGGGUUUAGGACAAUGGCAUCGUUAAAGCGAUUAACAUUGAGUGGACCACUUCACCAUCGCUGCAGUACUGUGGAAGUCCGAAACAAAACUUUUAUGAAUGUUCCUCAAAUUGAAUUUCUUAAUCUCACACGAUGUUGCCUGGAUUUUUCUCACAUGGAGGUCGGGGUGUUCGAACCCUUAACAAAUCUCCAGGUCUUGGACUUAUCAGGUAAUGAACAACAGUGCUUCGACAACCUAAUCCCCGCGCUGCGAAGUUUACAGCACUCAAACGUCAUGUAUUUGAAUAUAACAGGUGUAAUCCGGCAGUAUAUGCCCUGCGUUUCAGUGUCAAGACAAUUUGCAGAAGUGUUACCCAGAAAACUUGUGCAUCUCGUGGCUCAGAGCAACAGUAUUGAAAUCAUUGAGGCCGGCGUCUUAGAGGCUCUUCCUAAGAAUCUGAAAAGCCUCGAUAUCAGUGACAACAGACUCACUUUUGGAAUGUACCUUACCAAAUUUUCGAAAUUAGAAAAUUUACAAGUGCUGAAUCUAAAUGGUGGGAUUUUUAGUUUUAACUUACCAAAGAUGUUUCCAACCGUCUACGCACAGAGUUGUUUGAUAAAACCUGAAAGUUUUAAUUAUGAAAUGUACAGCGGUCAUGCUAUAGACUACACCGACAGCGAUCCACUUUUAAAACUACCUCAGAACUUGGAGUCGGUGAGCAUUAAUUUCGCGGGAUGGUCGUAUUCUUUAACGGAAUUUACCAUCGACCCCAAUAACUCCUUGAGACAUCUGAGCUUGCGCGGAAACAAUAUUCCCAGACUUGUAGGCCCCAUUAGAGGACUGGCUGCUUUAACAACACUAGAUCUCGAUGAAUGCAACAUUGAAUGGAUUUCAGAAAAAUUCUUUGAUGAUUUUCCAUCUCUGGAGAAACUCAAUUUAAGCUCGAAUUACAUCGGGGAAAAUUCAUUGGCCGAGGGAUGUAAGCCAUUAUUUAAAUCGCUGUCAAAGUUAAAAUAUUUAGAUCUCAGUUUUGUCAAUAUCUUAACAAUAAGUAAGCAUGUUUUUGACGGUUUGGUGAGUUUGGAAAAGUUAUGGAUGCACAAUAACGCUUUCUACUAUUUCGACGUGCAUAUAAACCAUAUGAAAAAACUCAAUUUCGUGGAUUUUCGCUUCACUGAACUCUCAACUUUAAAUCUUUCAACUAUUGAAGCAUUCAAUAACAUAACGAAAGGGAAUAACUAUACUCUGAUAAUAGACUUUUCCGAAACCCCUAUACACUGCUUUUGUGUGAAUCUCUUCUUUUUGGAAUGGAUAGUAAAAUCUAACAUAUUUCGCACAAAGCUUAUUAACUAUAAGUGUGUAUUUUCAGACGUUUCUGAGAAAUAUGUGGAUGAAUUUGACAGGAUAUACAACACACUUGUUCGCCAAUGCAGUUCGAAAUUCGAGUUUUUCAUUACUGUAUUAGCGGGAACGGUUUUGAUUCUGCUCGUUGUAGUACUAUCAAUAGGGUAUCGAUUUCGAUGGAAAUUGAGAUACGCGUACUAUUCUGUGUACCUCAACUUCAAAAUAAACAAAGAGAAGGCGGGCGAAUUGAAUAAAUACAGAUACGAUGUGUUCACUUCGUACGUUCACGACGACCACGAUUUUGUGGUCGGGACAUUGAUCCCACAGCUUAGAUCCCGGGGACUGAAGAUUCAUGUCCACGGUCUUGAUUUUAUCGCAGGAGAAUACAUUGCCUCCAACAUUUUAGAAGCCAUAAAGAAUAGCCGACACACGCUGGUAGUUCUAACUCGUGAGCUACUGAAGAGUGCGUGGUGCAAAUAUGAACUACAAAUGGCGAAUAUGGAGCAGGUACACACGGGGAGGCCCGUUCUUGUGUUUCUGCUGAUGGAAAAUCUCACAAAGAAAGAACUGGGUACUGAGCUACUCUAUUACAUCCAGAGCAACACUUACAUCCAAUAUCCCAACCACGAUCAUCAAGAUGACGACCAGCACAUGAACAUGUUCUGGAAAAAGCUUGCAUCAGAUCUGCAAACCUAA